AAAUGUUUACCAGCGCAACGAAAUGCUGCUGUUCAGAAUUUACCUCAUAAUACUGAAUUAAAUAAAAAAAAGUAAAUCUACAUUUAUUACUUCCUAACGUUUAACUAUUUAUCAGUCUUAAUAUUGUAAUGUCUUCUUACUUGGAUUUCUUUAAAUAGGAUUGUAGAAGGAGCAGUGCUGGAGUUUCAAUAUGUUACAAUAUAAAGACAACAAUUUCUUAUGAAGCUCUGAACAAGCAGCAAAAAAAAAAGCAGAAAAAUGCCUCCGAACAGAAAUAAAGGCAGUGGUGGGCCCACUGACAUAAUGGACGAAGACAUCAGUUUUCCAUUGGCACGACUUUUUGACCGUUUCAAUCUGGAUCAUAUUCCAGAGAAGAAACGCAUGGAAGAAUUUGAAUAUAGGGAUUUGGCACAUAUUAAACACUACAAAGCUGCUGUAAAGAUAUUUGGAGGACCCCUAAGUCGGAAAAGAGUUAUGGUUGCACCACCUAUGGAAUUGCCUAUAAAACAUAGACUUGGUUUAUAUGCUGGUAAGCGAAGUCCACCUCCAGCGCCAACGCUUAACAGUGAGCUCAAACCACAACCGCCUGCAGUAAAACCUGAACCAGAAGAGUUAGUUUUGGCAAGACAAGCUCGUGAAAGAGAAGAUAAGUAUAAAUCGUGGUUUAAAGAAAGACAAAAGUUCAGAAACGAUUUAGAAAACAUGGGUUUGAAUUCUGACUGGUUAUCAAAUAAACCAAACAAAACUGUACUUGAAAAACGUGUUUUGAAACAGCUCAAAGAGAAAGAGGGCAAAGAAAUAGAUGUUGAAGAAGACUCAGUGGAGACACCAGACCAGAUUUCUCGUGAGUACACCUCAGACUCGGAUUCAAGUAUUCUGCCUCAUCUAAAAAUCCCUGCUCCACUUGGUCUUAAAAUUCUUGAUGAUCACCUUAAAGAGAAGAAGUUGCGCUUGAUAGAUCUGUUCACUUCCACAGAUAAGAAUAAGGACUGGAGGCUAUCCAGAGAUGAGUUCAUCAAAAGUUGUGAAGAGAGAAGUAUUCCAAUAUCCCGAGGUCUGUUAGAAGAUAUGCUCAUCUCCCUUGAUAUGAAUCUGGAUGAAGAGUUAGACUACAAGGAAAUGGCACGCGGAAUGAAAGUUGCCCGUCAAGAAAAGAGGGAAGAUAGGAGGAAAGAACUUUCCCGAGAAUCAACGAGCAUGUCCCAGAGAUCAGGCUCCCGAGGGGAAAGUGCUAAUGGAACAAAACCAGAGGUAGUUGCUGACAACAGACAAAUGUCUCCAGCUAGCAGGAAAACAGGUUCAACAAAAUUAUCAGACAAACCAAAACAUGCUGGUAAAGACUCCAACAAGACUGUGCUCACUAAUACCAGCUCUAUACCAGUUUUGAAAGAUGCUGACACCACUAACUCAUCAAAGUCACGAAAAACUGCUGAAAAGUUGGAGCAGUCUGAUAAAUCUACAAUAAAGUCAUUUGGUUCAAAGUUCUCCAAGCAUGAUAACCAGUCAGUAUUAUCAACAACCAGUAAAGGGACCAAAUCAAACUCAGAUAAGGGGACAUCGGGACCUAGAUCGGAAAGGACUAGCUCUCCGUCUUACCUAGAACCACCAUUAAUUGAUACAAAACCAGAUCGACUGAUAUUAGCUUCAGAAGAAGCGAUGGUAGAUUUACGUAAGCAUGAUCGGGAAGCAUUGAAAGGCUACAAUGCUAAGAUUGAAGGUGUUCCACCAACAAUAUUGACUGGUAGUAAGGCUAUAGAUGAUCACUGUAUGCAGUCUACUCUGACUGGUGAUGUGGGAGAGAUGACCAAUAAGUUCCGACAGAAAAGACUUCAGGAAUACUUUGAAAUUUCUAAACUUUGUCAUGAUAAUGAUGUUGUAUUGUCACAGCAGCUUCUAGAGAAAGUGUUAUUGUACCCUGGUGAUAAGGCCCAUAGUGACUUGCGUAAAUUGAGACAUCCUGACUCUGCUCCACUGGUGUCGUCCCAUUUCGCUGAUCCACCGAAACGACCACGCACCCCCAUAGAGGUUAAACACAAGGACAAAGUUCGGAGGUCAAAGAGUGGAAAACUUCUUAUAGACAGUAGACAUAAAUAUCCAAUGAGUAAAAAUGUCUCGGCAGAUGCAUAUAAACAGAACUUGUCAACAGGACGGGCUGUUAUUAGAAGACGUGUUGACUGCUGGAUGACUUUUGAACAAUAUGAAAAGCUGACCAGGCAUCUUGCAAUAAGGUACCAGCAUUUACAUGGAAGUACAGAUGGAAACGCAUUCUGGCCAGGCCACCUGCUUGACAAAGUGCGAUUGUGCAUGCCACCAUACGACCAGCCAGGAACCAGAGACAAAGAGGCAGCUAUUUAUAGACGUGUGCAUAGAACACCUGCCGUUAAUUACGGUUAUGAUCCUGUAGAUGUUUGGCCAAUAAAUGACUCACUUAUUACACAGAUAGGGAUCCAUGACCAUUUUAGAAAUAAAACAAUAAUCUAAAAUAGAUGUGUUACUUUGAAUGAAUUAUUGGGAGGACAUAAAGGUGCCUUCAAUAAUUGAUUUUUUAACUUUGAAUUCAGUUAAAUGUUAUUUGAACAUUUUUAAGUUGACAUUCCCAAACACAGAAAAUGUGCUAUAUAUUGUCUUGGAAUUUCACACAUGUAAAAGUAAUUGUAAGUAAAGGAAUCUGGUUUGAUUUGAUGAAGCCAUCCAGCUGGCUUACCAAAGGUUGUGCCAGGCUGAAAUAAUGCCAGGAGAUCCAGUUGGGGUCUUCCUCCACGCUUAAAAACUGGGAAUUAAUCAUAUUGGUGUGGCAUUAACCGUUAUAAUGCUGGACACGAAUGAGUCUGCCUUUGCGACCAGUGUAGAUCAUGAUCAGCCUGCACAUCUGUGUAGUCUGAUCAUGAUCUGCACUGUUCGAAAUUCAGUCAGUAUCUUUUUUGUAAGCACCCCUUUAAACAGUUAAUGGUACUGUCCAAAUUGAAAGAUAGACAAGUUCAUUAUAGAAAUUUAGCAGGGUAAGGGUUAAAUCAAACAAAAAAAUGCCAUCAGAUUAAAGUAAGAAUAGCUGUACUAUGACUGUAUGGAUUCAUGAUAUUGAACAAGAUGAACAUACUCAAGCAAAGAAUUACCUUUAAUAUCAGUUUCUAAAAAUAUAGAGUACAAAUUUUGAAUAAUAUAUACUGAUCAAAACAUCAAACCUUCAGUUCUAAUAUUUGCCUUAUUUUGCUAAAAGAUAAGAUGUAUUAAUUCAUUUUUAUUUUAUGCAAUUCACCCUAAAUUAGCUGACUGAUUUUUAAUGAAAUUUAGGCUAUACAGCGAAAGGACAUUUAUGAAACAUCAAGAAAAUGUUUAUAAAAACUUUACAAAUACAUAAUAUUAUACAUGAAGAUCUACUCAAAUUGCACUGUUACUUUAAUUGAAUCACUUGAAUAUUUAAUGUAUAGACUAUAGUUUGAUCACCUUGAUCCUUGUUGCUACAUGUAUAUGUUUGAAAUCACAACCUCCCUAGUUAGCUGCUGAAAUAUACUGUGAUAUAUUUUCACUUGAUUUAUUGUUAUAUGUAACAAUGUUUCCAGACUUAUAUUUUUCUAUUGAUGUAUCAUAUUUUGUAAUAAUGAUCAUACAGUAUCUAUCUAACUGCAAGCAGUUUUUGUGCUAUUUUUCUUUUGAAUAAAGAGGUUGUCUCAUGAAUAGCAAAUUUCAUUUAUGAGAGGAUAUGUUAAAGAGGCAUGCCUCCAUAUUUAUG